UUCCAUCACCAAGUACCAAGUCCCAGAAGAGGAGAAAGACAGCAACUCCAAGCACAAGUGUCUGCUCAGGACACAGCUCCAGGCCUUCGUGGUCCCCUGUCUCCAGAGGGCUCCAGGACCCUGGAAUUAUUACCUUCAUCCAAGAGCCUACAAGGACAUACAUAACAAGACCCUCGGAGUCACCCAGAGACCCACUGAGCAUGACCCGGGAUGAGGCCCUCCCUGACUCGCAUUCUGCACAGAGUUUCUAUGAGAACUAUGAGCCCAAGGAGGUCUUGGGCAGGGGAGUCAGCAGUGUGGUCAGGCGCUGUAUCCACAAACCCACAUGCCAGGAGUAUGCAGUCAAAAUCAUCGACAUCACAGGCGGAGGCAGCUUCAGCUCCCAGGAGGUGCAGGAACUUCGGGAAGCCACACUGAAGGAGGUGGACAUCCUGAAGAAGGUCUCGGGACACCCCAACAUCAUACAGCUGAAGGACACUUACGAGACCAACACUUUCUUCUUCUUGGUAUUUGAUCUGAUGAAGAAAGGGGAACUCUUUGACUAUCUCACAGAGAAGGUCACCUUGUCUGAGAAGGAAACCAGAAAGAUCAUGCGGGCCCUGCUGGAGGUGAUCUGCACCCUGCACAAACUCAACAUUGUCCAUCGGGACCUGAAGCCAGAGAACAUCCUUCUAGAUGAUGACAUGAACAUCAAGCUCACAGACUUCGGAUUUUCCUGCCAGCUGCAGCCAGGAGAGAGGCUCCGAGGUCUGGUUCCAUGGCCUUGGUCCACAGAGGGGCCUCGGGGAUGGAAACGGCCUGAAUGUCUACCACUUCAGUGGCUGAGGAGAUGGCUCAAGGUCUGCGGGACUCCCAGUUAUCUGGCCCCUGAAAUCAUCCAGUGCUCCAUGGACGACAGCCAUCCUGGCUAUGGGAAGGAGGUGGACAUGUGGAGCACUGGGGUCAUCAUGUACACACUGCUGGCUGGCUCCCCGCCCUUCUGGCACCGGAAGCAGAUGCUGAUGUUGAGGAUGAUCAUGGACGGCAAAUACCAGUUUGGCUCACCAGAAUGGGAUGACUAUUCAGACACAGUGAAAGACUUGGUGUCUCGCUUCUUGGUGGUGCGUCCCCAGGACCGCUGCUCGGCGGAAGAGGCCCUGGCGCACCCUUUCUUCCAGCAGUACGUGGUGGAAGAAGUGAGGCACUUCAGCCCCCGAGGGAAGUUCAAGGUGAUCUGUCUAACUGUGCUGGCCUCGGUAAGGAUCUACUACCAGUACCGUCGGGUGAAGCCUGUAACCAGGGAGAUCGUCAUCCGAGACCCCUACGCCCUGAGGCCGCUACGGAAGCUCAUCGAUGCCUAUGCUUUCCGAAUCUACGGCCACUGGGUGAAGAAAGGGCAGCAGCAGAAUAGGGCUGCCCUCUUCGAGAACACACCCAAGGCAGUGCUCCUCUCCUUGGCUGAAGAGGAGGAUGAUUUCUGAGGGGCAGUGGGAUGCAGGGGGAGGCUGAGAGCAGACACCCCCAGAACUGUGAGGAGUUCCUAAGUAGGCCUCAGAGGCAGAACAGCUGACCCUACUCUGUGUUCCUAAAAGCUCCCCACUAGAAGCGAAUGGUGUCCCGUUAAACAGCAGUAAUUACAGCGGGGGCUGGGUGUGGUGGCGUGUGCAUGUUGUCCUGAGGCAGUAGGAUCCCAAGUUCCAGGCUAGCCUGGGCAGCUUAGUGAUCAUUGUUUCAAAGUAAAAAUAGGGCUGGGAAUGUAACUCCUUGGUAAGGCCCUGAGUUCACCCAACCCCCGGUAUGACGAAAAAAAACUUUAAAAACAAAAAUAAAAAUAAAUAGAUCCAGUGCAGCCGAGGCGGUGUCAGGCAGGAGAGGAAGGGCAGAGAGUGAGUGCUCUGGGAGCUAUAAGCCUCCUGGCUUCUCUGCUGUGCACCUAUGUCACUGUCUUGGGUUCUUUCUCCUUUUCCAGAUUUAUGUAUGUUAUGUGUGUUUUGUCCACCUGGUAUGUGCCCCACAUGCAUGCAGUACCUGUGGAGGCCAAAAGAGGGCGUCAGAUGCCCUGAGACUGGAGUUAAGGAUAGUUGGGGACCACCUUGAGGGUGGUGGGAACUGAACCCCUCUUCUGAAAGCACAAGUGCUCUGAACCGCUGAGUUAUCUCUCUGCCCGUUUCAGCUUCUUUAUGGGCCCAAGGUUAUUGAUAAUUGAGGAAAUGGAGGCAGGAUGAUCAGGAGUUCAAGGUCAUUCUUGGCUACACAAGGAGUAUGAGGCUAGUCUGAACUACAUGAGACCCUGUCUCAGAUAACAAUUAAAAAAAAAAAGUGGACCUCAUGAUAUACACAAAUGCAGAGUUUAUUGACCUGAGAUCCAGCAACACCAUGGGAUCCAGUUCUUGCCUGGGGAUAUGUUUGCAGAGGUACACGGAAGCCCCUACAUGGUUAACACGCAGGGGAGAGGUUUCUGACAUUUGUCUUCCUAGAGGACCACAGACCUUGUUACUCCCACAAUGCACAGCUUCACCUG